AUAAAAAAUCUCUACUUCCCACCUUCACAAACCUGAAAACCUUCUUCCAUGGCUUCCUCACUCUCCAUUCCCUUCCUCUCUCUCCUCCUCCUCCUCCACCAACCCCAAUUUUCCACAUCGAAUACACACAAACUCAACAAUCUCAAACCAAACCUACUCUCCCAACUCAGCCACUUGAAAACCACAGAAAAUCCACCAACACAAUUCUUCGAAGUCACCAAACCCAUCAAACUCCCCAACACCAAACCUUGUUCUCACCUCGUCCUCACCUACGACUUCGCCUUCACUUAUGGCCAGCCUCCGGUCCAGGCCAACUACCAUGGCCCACCUCCCCAUUGCCCACCAACCCAUUUCUCCAAAAUCGUCCUCGAAUGGAGAGCCACUUGCAGAGGGACCCAGUUCGACCGGAUUUUCGGGGUUUGGCUCGGCGGGGUCGAGCUUCUUCGGAGCUGCACGGCGGAGCCCACUUCUUCUGGGAUUGUCUGGAGUGUUGAGAAGGAUGUAACAAGGUAUUACUCUCUUCUCAUGAAGAAUCAAACCCAAACGUUUGCCGUUUAUCUUGGGAAUGUUGUGGAUUCUACUUAUACUGGUGUUUACCAUGUGAAUUUGAGCUUACAUUAUUACCCCGCUGAAGAAAAUAACCUUAAUCAUCAUUCUUGGGCUGAUUUGGUCUUGCCCAUUUCGAGAAAUCCUCCUCUGAAUGGUGGGUUGUGGUUUGAAGUUAAGAAUUCGGUGGAUAUUCAGCUUAAGGAGUUUGAGAUUCCUAGGAAUGCUUAUAGGGCUGUUCUUGAGGUUUAUGUUUCCUUUCAUGAGAAUGAUGAGUUUUGGUACUCAAAUCUUCCUAAUGAUUACAUUGCUGAAAAUGGGAUUAGCGAUACUCCUGGGAAUGGGCCUUUUAGGGAAGUUGUGGUUAGUCUUGAUGGUGAGGUUGUUGGUGCAGUAUGGCCUUUUACUGUGAUUUAUACUGGAGGAAUGAAUCCACUCUUGUGGAGACCAAUUUCUGGAAUUGGCUCGUUUAAUCUCCCGUCUUACAACAUCGAGAUCACCCCGUUUUUGGGUAAGAUCCUAGAUGGGAAGUUUCAUAAGUUCGGGUUUAAUGUCACAAAUGCGUUGAAGGUUUGGUUUGUUGAUGCAAAUCUGCAUCUUUGGUUGGACAAGCACAGCCUCAAGACUGAAGGGUUGCUUUUGAAGCACAUCAGCUCGCCUCUUGUUCUCUCCGAAGCCUCGGAUUUCAAAGGUCUGAAUGGGAAGUUUUUGACUACUGCAAACAGAAGGGUGUUGUCCAUUGGAUGGGUCAAGUCUUCCUUUGGGAAUUUUAUAACCCAUUCGGUUCAAGAAUUCUCUUACACCAAUUCGCUUGUGAUGGAGAACGAGGGUAAUACGCAGAUAGUGGUUCAGAACAUUCAUAUCAAUGACACGGUUUAUGCCAAGACGCCGCUAUUAGAUGUUUACUCAAUCAAGUCAGAGAAAAAUUUUCCACUUUUCUUGUACUCUGACUACUUUGAUCAAGGAAAUGGGCGUUAUGUGUUCAUCACAAAUCUCACAUUGGGAUUUGAUGAGAACAGAUGUUCUAAAGUUGCUGGUAGCGAAUUGUUGAAGAGCUCGCUGAAAAACUUGCAGAACGGUUUGGGUUAUUUGUUUAUACAGAACAACUAUAUAGUUGGUGCAUUAGGGAGUACACAACAAGUGUACAAUUAUGAAGAUGGAAAAUACUGCUACUUCAGAAAUAUAAGCAGCUCAGACUAUGAUAUAGUCUAUGAUGAAGUGAAGAAUGGUUGCAUUAAAAGUGAACACGAUUUCCCUUCGGAUUUCAAGUUAAGCAAUCGGGUCUUUUCUUACUCAAAAGGCUCUUCUAGUAUCUGAUAUGCCUUUUGAACUGCUGGGAGGUAAGUGAAAUCAUUCCUGUUGUAUGUUUCUUCAUAUGAUUCAUGAAAAGCAGUCCUUUCACUAGAACCCCACUUGAUUCCCGAAGUUCUGGGAACUUCCAAUGAAAACGUGGAAACAAAAUGGAAAGGAAAUGUUCCUGAUGUUGGUUGUGUAAAAUACUUGUAAAUAAAUAAGUUUAUGUAUCCUUGUUUGUGGAUUAAUUCACGUGCUUUUGUACUUGUUGGAAACUACAUGAAAUUAUGAGCAUUGAAAGAGAAUAAAAGAGCAUUUCCCUUUCCUCC